UAAGCUGCACUGCGCGUGUGUUAGGGACGACCCCAUGAUUGGCUGGCGCGAGGUGGGCCUGGCGGGCGAGUGAGCGACGCCGAGAGCCUCGCGGGAAACUUCAGCAGUUGCUGCCUUGCCGUCGCAGAGAGAGGUCGUAGUUCUCUUAUCUCCGGGUCUAGCGUGUUGCAUCAUAAUCUAUCUAACGGUUGCCUGCAUCCAGCCAUGUCUUGUGGAAUGGUCCAAACUGACAACUAUUUUGCAUCCAGCAGCAGUUGGGUUACAAGAAGUGAAAGCAGCGAGAGCCUAUCACGACUUGACCUGAUGACACACCAGUACCCUACUCAUGUGGCUGAGCCCAUGAUGACACUGGAAGACCUACGCUCGCAGUACAACUCCUGCUACACAUGUGGCGUUAGUUGGAGCGACAAUCACGUUUCUCUUGACUGCCGUGAGUGUGGUGGCUAUUCCUUAGAGAGGCCCUGCCCUCUAUGUGACGGCAAGUGUCGCAGCUCGUGGAGGAGAGAUAUCUCAAUGUCUCACAGUGUUGGCAAGGCACACUGGGAAGGUGAAUGCGGCCUCUCUAGUGAAGACCGGCCAGCUGUCCCCUCCUUCUUACAAGAGGAUGUCUUGGUACAAGGACUCGAAGACCUAACAACAUCGUCAUGAGUCUUAAGUCAUUGAGGUACUCUUCUCUCAGAAGGAGGAAGUACUGUAGCAACAGCCCAGCAGGUCAGGUGUCAUGUACCAGCUGCAUUUCUCACCAGAAGAUGUUUGUACUCAUUACUGGCAGACACAAAUAUUUUCUAAGGCUCUUUGGAGUGGUCGCAUAAUGUGUCCUUAGAGAUUUUAUGGUUGCUUGUUAGGAUGUAUGAAUAUUUGGAUGCCUUAGGGUUCCCUGACGAAGCGACAGAUUGUGGUGGAAGCCGCAGGUCCCCAGAGAGAACCCGAGGUGGUGUUCAAGUGCAGGAAAGCUCAAGUGUUAAACAGGUGCAGAGAUGUGGGAACUUACUUACAAACAGUCUGAUCAAACUCAAAAGCAUUACAAUGGAAUUAAGUUCUUCAUUGUGAAGUAUUUAAUGUUCCAAAUUUGUGAUAUUAUCUUGUGAUAUUAGCUAGUACAAAAGUACAAGAAAUAUUAAUAAAAAAAUGGAUAUAUAACAUAUUGUUGCUCAGCAGGCUUUGUGAUCACCAUAUGAAAAGAUGCAACUUUGCCCAACAUUAAAUAUAAUGCAUUUGCGUAAGAUUUAAUGGAUAUGGAGUCUUGAUUACCAUCAGAGAGGAAAAGAUCAUUGAUAUUUCAUUAUGUGGGUUUUACAGCUGGUUUAGCUUUGGAGAAGCAGGGUAGUUGCUGACAGGAUUUGGGAUCACAGUCACUGACAGUCUACAUUAAACAGGUUAUAUGUAUGUAUAUAUAUAUAACUGUGCAUAUAAGUUGCAGUCAGCUAUCCAGGUUGCAAAGCAAGAUCCUGCACCUGUUUAUUAUUCAAAGUCUUGUUCGGAAUUCAACCUGACCUGAUGUAAAGAGGAGUUUUUCCCUAAACCUACUGGAUAAACCUGAUAAAGCAUCUGAGUUCUGAUUUCAGAAAAUGAAAAUUUUUAAAGCCAUACUUAUUUUCUUAACUAUUUUGACUAGAGUUCUUUUUUUUGUGAAAUUGUCUUUCUCUAAUUAUCAAAGGUUCAACUUAACGAUCAUUUUAAUAUCCAAUUUGUGCUUGUGGGUUUCAAAACAAAUCAGUGGCUGUUCAACUGUAGUUAAUGUAUUAAACGUUUUAGAUAUAAUAUUGUAAAUUGAGUUGUCCAUACUGCUAUCACUGCUGAGGGCUUAUACACAUACUUUCAGUUAUGUUCCUAAAUCAUUUGAAACAUAUUUCACCUUUUGCAUUGUAAGUUGCCGCUCAGGCUGUCGUUCACUUUUCAAUUUUGCAUGAGGCUAAUGUAUCUUUCCAAAAUUUACAAGAUCUUUUCAACUUUUCUUUUCUCUCUCUCUCGUUUUAAGAAUGCAAAUCCGGGUAUAAUGUAGUGCAUCCAGUUUUAUGCAAUCAGGAUUUAUUGCAUAGUGGGUAGUAUUCACAGUUCAUUUAGCUUCAAAAGUGUUUUACAUAUUUGACGUCAUUUUCAUUCAAUAUUCGUGGUCAUCAUAAUACAUGGUUCUCACUGUUCUCAUUGGAAAGUGUCUUAUAUUGUGUAUAUAUUUCUAUUCAGAAUAUUUUCACCAGUAGCUGCCAUAGAAUUUUUUUUCUUUCAUCUUAGUUAUGUCUAUGCGAUACAAAUCAUAGACCAUAUAGAAGUAACAUCUCUGCAUUGCCUCUCACUUAAGAGUUGUUAUUGUUUGUUGCAGAAUAUUGUAUUCAGAGUCUCGGAAAUUCAGGCUGAAAUAGUGUUUGAACUUUGAAAGGUUGAUUUGUCAUUUUUUCUUUUGUAUAUGCAAGUCUUUAUCUUUUGUUUGAGGUUGGUCCCCCCCCCCCUUUUUAUUUUCUAUUUUUUCCCCUUGUCUUUUAUUAUUAUUGUUUAUUUUUAUUUAUCUUUUACCCAGCAUUACCAUUCCAAGCAAAGUGUAAUCAACCGUGUGAGUCGAGCCACAAACUUAAAAGAAGGAACAUCCCUAUGCCUCGAGUAUUGAUUAGUGCCAUUGCUAUUAACCUUUGUAACUCGGUCCACGAUAAUCUGCUCAAGUGUCUUAUCAGUAUUAGCAAGAAUAAGAGGCAUUCUCAAGUCUUUGCUAUGAUAUUGAGACAGUGAAUAAAAAAUCCCAUCUUUCUGCAAACAUUAAGAAAAAAACUGAAGACUUGUGGACCUGUCGUAGCCACUCUUUCCAGCACUAGGAGCUUCAUAGAACACAACUUUGUAAAAGGCUUUAACAUCCAUGCUGUCACUAGGCCUUAUAGUUAAUCUGAUUAAGUAACGUAAUUGUCUAAGCUUUUGAAUGUAGAUAAAUGUCCGAAUCACGAGUAACUUCUGAACAAAUAAAUGUCAGAAUCAUGAGUAAUAUUCUCUUCAGAGAUAUUGGUGAACUGUGUCGAUCAUCAUAUGGCUGUGACAGUAAUAGAUGCGAAGGUCCUCUUUGUCACUUCAUAAUAGGUCACUGUAUCACAAGGUGAGAAAUUUUUGAGGCAGUGUUGUCUUUAAUUAUCAACCAAAAAUUUGAUUAUAUAUUUUUUUUAAGUAAUGAUAUUCAGCUGGUUUAGUGUUCACAAACAAAGUGUUUUUCUGCAAGUUAUUGUACUUCCAGAUUUUGUGUACCAUUUUUAUUACGGAUAGAAAGCUGCUAUUGGUUGUAAACUUUUGGAGCAAAAAGUAAAAGUAAUUGCUGCAUAAAAUUCUUUGUAAUUGUUUGUAAGAUAUCCAGUUGUGAAUAUUGCAAAUGACAUUGUUGUACAUAAAGUUUUUACUCUUAUCUGUGUAUUCCUUAAUGGUUAGAUCUGCAAUACUUGUCACUUUUUUGUACAAUCAUCAUUCAUGUUUCACAGAAAUAGAUAAAAGAUAUUUGUUUGUAUACUUAUUUUGUAUUCAGUUUGGAAAAUGAAAAAUUGAUUCACAUUAAAUUUUAUGAAACAUAUUCUUCAGUUAGUAAUGAUGUUACUGUUUGAAGUGAAUUCUUAGUCAGUUCUUCAGCAUUUUUGUAUUGCAAAAUAUUAUUUAUUUUUUUCCAUUAUUCUCUGCUAAAUGAUACUAUUGCUGCAGGCUGUGUUAAUUUUUUUUUAAUAAAACAGAAAAUAAUAAACUAA